GGUCCGAGCCCGCGGGGGAAACCUCCAGCGCCCUGCUGCCUGCCUGCCUGCCUCCGGAGGCGCUGACGUAGGGAACCCAAAAAAAAAGUUACGGAAAAUUGCGAAAAAAGGGGGAAAACACCCGUGUAGCUGCAGUGAGAAGCCCUGAGCCAGGAAUGAGCUCUUCUUUCUGCUCGCGAGAGACUCUUCAUCCAGCUGUGUGGAAAUGCGAGGACUUCGUCUAACUUUUCAGCAACUAGUUUGCGUGGAGGCUUUUGCUUUGCUUCUUGUGAUCAGAUACGGCCGCGCUGCUCCUGCUGCUGACACACAACAUGAAGUCAUGCAGCAAAGUCAACUUUCCGACCUGUACAAUAAAGGUGUAUUCCUUCUGGAGAGCGUAUCCUUGCAGCGCUGUCUCUUCGCCAACUCUUCGGGCAUCUCCCUGGCCAGCUGCAAUCACCCAACCGCUGGCUUGCUGUGGAAGUGGGUCUCUCGCCAUCGCCUCUUCAACCUAGGCACCAGCAAGUGCCUGGGCACCAACUCUACGAACCAGCAGUCCGAAGUGGGCAUGUUCGAAUGCAACGUUCUCUUACAACCCUUGUGGUGGCGUUGUCAUGGCAACGUGUUGUACGGAACCAGCCAGAAGAAACUGGUGGUGAUGGACUCGCGGGUGAUGGUAGAUAGAUCCAGCCUGCAUGAGUGGAGGAUCUACGGGGAGCUUGGAGAGGCUCCCUGUACUUACCCUUACGAAGAAAUCCACACUCUGUUGGGGAAUGCCCAGGGAUCGCCCUGUGCUCUGCCAUUCAUGUACAAUGGUAAGUGGUACUGGGACUGCACCUCAGAAGGCAGAGAGGAUCAGCAUCUCUGGUGUGCUGCCACUAGCAGCUACGACCAGGACCAGAAGUGGGGAUUCUGCCCGACUGAAGCACCUGGUUGUGGUCCGUUGUGGGAAAAGAGCGUUGAGCUGAAAGCUUGUUAUCAGUUUAACUUGUACUCUCUCCUCACAUGGAGCCAAGCACUCACCUCCUGUCAAUCACAGGGAGCCAGUCUGCUGUCCAUCACAAGCACUGCAGAGCACAACUACAUCCGAGAAAGACUGGCAGACAUGGGUGUGAUAGUCUGGACUGGGCUAAACCACUUAGCUCAUGAAGGGGGGUGGCAGUGGUCAGAUGGAUCCCCUUUUGCUCUGCUUCAGUAUACCUCAGACAUGACGUCACUCGUGGUGAGGCAGAACCAGCAGUGUGGAGCAUUUAACUCGGCUCUGGAGACAGGUCAAUGGCGGAGCUUGUCCUGUAAUUCUGCUUUGUCUUACGUCUGCAAGAAAACCCCCGAUAUCAACAGGAGAGCUGAGCCUAUUGAUAACUGGCAGUACAAGAGUACGGUGUGUCCAGACGAUUGGAUUGGUCACAAUGGCUUCUGUUAUCGCUAUGUGAAUGAGAAGGCAAGCUGGGACAACUCUUCUAACACCUGCAAGGCUCACGGGGCACAACUGGCCAGCAUCCGCUCCCUCUCUGAGCAGGAGCUACUGCUGUCCCUCCUUAUUAAUGCCUCCGACUCAAAGGCGUGGAUUGGUUUACAUAUGGAGGCUGGUUCUCCAACUGUUGAGUGGUCAGAUGGCUCAUCUCUCACUCUUACAUCCUGGCAACGUCAGCAGCCUUCUCCUCGCCGGGAAGAAAAACGCAUGUGUGUUGCUGCAGACAGGAAGAACGGGAACUGGGAGUUUGAGGAAUGCGAGAAGAUGCAUCCAGCAGUUUGUCAUACCGUUGGCCUCGUACCCCUACACCCGGCAGGAGAAUGGGACGAGGGAUGCCCAGAGGGAUGGAAGCGGAAAGGAAACUCCUGCUACAAGAUUGCCGAUCACGAGCAGACUUUCGAGGACGCAGCGAAGGGAUUCUACUGUAAAUCCUCUCUUGUCACUAUCGAGGACAGAUUCGAGCAAGCAUUUCUAAACAGUCUGAUCAGUGCAAGGAACACUUCUGCAUCCCAGUUUUACUGGACCGCUCUCCAGGACUGGAACAGGACAGGAGAUUAUCUGUGGUUGUUGCAGAACGGUUCCACAACACCUCUCACUUACACCAACUGGAAUCGCCACCAGCCCUUAGUGACUGGAGGAGGCUGUGUGGCAAUGACCGGAGGGCAACGUCUCGGGCACUGGGAGGUGAAGAACUGCAAUUCCUUUAAAGCCUUAGCAGUGUGCGAGCAGAGCGUGAGCAGUUACCAUGAUGUCCUCAUUCCCUUACCACAUGUAGACUUCUUUGCACCCUGUAAGGACGGAUGGGAGAGUAAUCCCGGCCUGCAGCACUGCUACAAGGUCUUCCACAACGAGAAGAUCUUGAUGCGUCGCUCGUGGUCCGAAGCGGAGUUUUUCUGCCGUGCUCUCGGCGCAGACCUCGCCAGCUUUCACUAUUACGAGGAGCAGGUGUUUGUCAAACAGCUCCUGACUAAGAUGUUUGAUAGUACAGAGGGUCGUUGGUUCUGGGUUGGCUUCACUAAAAGAGAUCCACAGUCUGCCGGAGCCUGGGAGUGGUCUGAUGGCACGCCGGUGGUGAAAUCCUUCAUCGAGGACAAGAACGAGGAUUUGAGCACGCACAACUGUGCAGUGUACAGCGAUCUAACCAACACACUCACACCCCGACCCUGUGACGACAAACACGAAUGGAUCUGCAAGGUGCCCAGAGGUGUGGAGUUAACAAAGCCUUAUUGGUACAACAGUCAGAACGAGCCGUGGGUCUUCUACCGUGGCGCCGAGUACUACUUGGCCAGCCAGCCGUUCCCUUGGGAGCUGGUGUUGUUCGCCUGUAAGAUGAUGGGAGCGGACUUGCUGUCCUUACACUCCAAAGAAGAAAUGGUGUUUGUCAGAGAACGCUUGAUGAAAGAUGUUCACAGUAUUAAUGAAUGGUGGAUCGGUCUGUCAGCUAACAGCGCACAUGAAGGCUUCAGUUGGACCGACGGAACAGCCUUAGAUUAUGAGAACUGGAAAAACGGAAUGCCUUCUAGACGACCUGGACAAAACUGCAUCUCUAUGUCUCUGACUGGGGCGUGGUCAACAGCUCGCUGUAUGGAUCUUCGCGGUUACGUUUGUAAGCGCAGGACCGUAGCGGUGGUGGAGAUGCCGAGGGAGCCUCACUUUAUCGGCGCCUGCCCAGAAAACUGGUUCUACUUCGGUCACAAGUGUCUGUUGCUGCAUCUCCCAUCCCGGCCGGAGGAGGCGAAGAGCUGGACGGAUGCUCAGUCCAUCUGCUCUAGCUUCCAAGGCAUGCUGGUUUCCAUCGGGGAUGAGAUCGAGCAAGCUUACAUCACCAUGCUGCUUCACGGAAAGUCCGAGGGCGUCUGGAUUGGCUUAAAGGAUGCAGACACCAUGAAAUGGACCAACGGGAAGCCUGUGACCUACACUAACUGGUCACCUGUAGAACCGAAGCAUUCUGAGGAGUGGUUGAGUGACGGGGUCGAAUCGCUGUGCACCGUUCUGUCCAACACUCACAACUUUCAUUUUACGGGAAAGUGGUACAAGGAGAAGUGCACCAACAGUGGCUAUGGCUUUGUGUGCCAAAAAGCACAAGACAAAACCAAACGCCCCUCCCACUCAUUCCCUGGCCCCGCCUCCCUCGAGUUCUCCGAGUACAAGAACCGGAGUUAUCGUGUUAUAAAGGGCAACAUGAGUUGGUACAAAGCUAUGAAAGCUUGUGUGGAGAAAAAUGCAGAGCUUGUGAGUAUCACUGACCCGUUUCAUCAGGCCUACCUCACUGUACUGGUCAACCGACUGGGAGCCUCGCACUGGAUCGGACUCCUGAGUCAGGACGACGGUAUAAAUUAUCGUUGGAUUGAUGGGAGUAAUAAUAUGUUCACACACUGGGACCCGGUGGACGAUGAUGAGGACAAUUUGAACGUGUUGGGAAAUUGUGUGUACAUGGACAUCAGCGGCGGCUGGAGAAGAGCUGACUGUAACAUGCCUCUUCCAGGAGCGCUGUGCUACAUACCUCCACCCAAAAGUAUCGCGUUCUCCUCCGAAGUGGUGUGUCCAGAAACAUGGGUGAAGUUUCACGGAAGCUGCUACAAUUUCGAGCCCGUUGUCUUGAGAAUGCCUCUAGAGGAAGCCCGAGAACACUGCAGGAGAAAAGACAAUACCUCUGACAUCCUGACCAUUCGAGACGAGGAAGAGAACCGCUUCUUCCUGGAGCAGAUGAAAAACUUUUAUGAUGGCUUGGAGACCGUGUGGCUGGGAAUUUAUUAUAACAUAGACAAGAAUGCUUUAACCUGGCUGGACGGCUCGGCACUAGAAUACACCAACUGGCGCCUCAAGGCACCGGAUGUGAGCGCCAUGAACGCAGACACGUGUGUGUCGAUGCGGAUAUCAGAUGCCGAGUGGCUCCUUGCCGGCUGCACAGACAGGCUUGGCUUCGUGUGCAAAACCCGUUCAGACUCAGUCCAAGAGGUGGAGGUGAAGCCACUGGCAGGUCUGCAUCACGGGGUCGUUCCAGCCGCAGUCUUGGUGGCCAUAUUGUUCUUCGCGGUGAUGGCUGGAUUGCUGUGGUUUGUGUAUAAGAGAAACACGCUGGGCUUCCGGAGACUUCCGUCACUCGGCAGCGCCUUUUACAGCUCUCAGGCCACAGACUCAGACGGGAACGUGCUCCUGACGGACCUAGAGACACACGCCGGGGAUUAGCGUGUGCGAGAUGUUUGGUUUGGGUGGGGUGGGGUGGGGUGGAUAUGCUGGGACAUGUUUUUAUAUCCAUAAGGAUAGGAGUAGCUGUUGGUUUUAUUUAAAAAUAAAAGGCCAAAAGGGUUUUUUUUUUGGUUACUGUGGUUAAGGUUAGGUUUAGGUAUAGCAAUAACUAGCUGCAUUAAUAAUUACGUCCUCUUGUGGAUGGUGAGACAAUCGUGUGAGUGUGUGUGUGUGUGUUUGUGCAAGAGUGACAGUGUGUAUGGAAAAUACUGAGAGAGAGAGAGAGAAUUUCCAUCAGGGAUACUGAGGUCAGGACCAAACUUGAAUCCUGCAUCUGAACUGCAUCUCUUUGGUUUAUAAUUUCUCGUGGCUGUGAUUCACAGCAGCAGCACUAUGCACACUGCAAAUAUUUUUAAACAGUAACAUGGAAGACUAGGGAAUAAAGAAGGGCAAAGUGUUGUGAGUUAAACAGUAAGCUUUUCACAGUAUCAGGGAGACUCCGUGAGCACAACUAUAGACUGUUAAUACAUACGACAGCACACAGCGUGAAAUUUCUGCUGGAAAACCUUAUUUAUGCAGCAACUCUGACACGCGUUCACAUGAAGAUCAUUCUCAGAGGGACGCUCCCGAAGGCCUUCUUCAGCAGGAAGUUUAUUCUAGCCCAGAUUAGAACAAGAAACAAUGAAUCGUGGUCUUUAACAGCUUUGAAUCGAGCUGCAGCACACUAAAGCAGCAUGUUUAUUUUGGAAAGACACCAUAGCUUUUUUGUUAUCAGUGUUUGAACACGGUUUCUGGGAGCGUUUGAAUCGUGAAUCCUGUUUUUUUGGUACAAACCGUUGUAGAAUUGGAAAGUUUUUUUUAUUUUUUUUGUCUUUUUUAACAAGCACUUUAUCUCAUCUCAACUCCCCCAUGCUCUGAGACUUUCCAAAUCCGGCAUUAAUCCCUGCACCCUAAACCUGAACUCCAACUCACAAAACAGCUGUACAGUAAAGAGUCAGGCAUUCCAGCCGACUAAAUUCAGAAUAACUGACUCAUGUUAUAUGUGUCUUUGGAAAGAUAAUCUUCUGUCCCCUUGUUUAUAUUCUGGAAGUGAAUUGUAAAAGGUCAGCUGUGCUGAGCUGGAUUUAAUGUGUAUCCUAAAGCUGUAGUGAGUUUUGUGUUGUUUUUGAUUUUAGUUUGAUUUUCCACUCUUUGCUUCGGUGUGAGAUCGAGGUUCCUGUGUCAAAUGAUGGAUAUGAAACUAUCCACAUAUUUCGUGGCCUUCUCUAAAAGCCAGCCUCAAGCUUCCAUUUUGUAUAUGCACUGCUAACGGGGUUAAUUGUACUUUUUUUUUUAGCUUGACGUGAUCAUGUGGAAUGAAAGAGCUGUACAGUAUUGACUCACGGUUUACAGUUUUACUGCCAUGUUUGUUUUUGUUUUCUCAUGAAGUAAUAAGAAUAGUGUUGGACCAUCUGUAUGAAGGUGACCCUCCCUGUACGUUUUUUUUUUUUUUUAUUAUUAUUAUUAUAUGUUGAAUCUCUUGUGUGAAAUAGGAAGCUUGUGAGUUCCAACAUACUGUUUAUGUGUUUUGGUUUGGUUUUUUUGUUCAAUCCACAGUCUGCUGAAAUAAAGGAAAUGUGCUUCAUUUAA